AUGCAGGGCYGGGAGGUCAUACACAAAAACGGAUUAUUGGCCGUAUCCGUCGUUCGUCAUUUAUCACCAGAAAUUAGCGGUGGAGGUGCUGUUGCUGCCGCUGCGUCUAUUCUGAUUGGAGCAAUGAAUGCUUUGAUUUACAAUGAUGUUUUUUGUUCGUGUAUUUUUGUUUCUUUUAUGAGCAAUAUAAAUCCUUCGAAUGACAACUACUGUAAGAAGGUUUUUGGUAGAAAAUUGGAUAUUCAAAAAACAUUCGGAAAAGGAAAAAAGUCUUACAAGAACAAAACAGUUUAUGAGGGUGAUUGGAUCGCGAACAAAAGACAUGGUUUUGGCGUGCUGAUGAAAAAAGUUGAUGACCAUUUUGUGUACAUUUACGAAGGACAAUGGAUCAAUGAUCGAUUUGCUAAAGGAAAAUUGUAUGAAGAGGACGGCAUUUACGAUGGUAGCUUUUCGACGGUCGGUAACAGAAUGAAAUGCGGUUACGGGACCAUGCGGUGGAACGACGGUGCCGUAUACCGAGGUCAUUGGCGCAACAACGAAUACAACGGCCGCGGAAAACACGUUGAAG